CUCUAUAGUGCCUACCUUCGGUUACUAUGGUAACUAAGUUGAAAAAUGGCAACUUCCACAGCAAGCAAAAUUUCACCAAUCUGCCGGCUUUCACGAAUAUUACCGAUCAACCGACAAAUUUUUAUUCUACACCAAGAAACUAUAUCAUACAGUGGCCCUAGGGCAAAGUUUUUGGAAAAUAUUCAUCCUUAUAGCUUUACUAGAACAAAUAUUUUAGCGUCGAACCGUUCUGUUAUCUUUGUAAAGCAUUCUUGUAAUUUCAGCACAACUACUACAUAUCUAAAACAGCGAAGAACCCACGAUGACAAAAAAAGGGGCCUCGGACCAGUUUCACUUCAAGCCCAGAAAAUGCAAAACAAAGCUGAUAUGAAAGUGAUAAAAGUUUGGAGAAAUAUGUCUGUUCUUCAGUUGGCUGAUGCUAUGAAUAAGGAUCUAGACCAUAUUUUUGAGGUCAUGAUUUAUGUUGAUAACUCUGCUGACUAUGAUGAGCCUUGGAAGUGCAUAGACAACAUCAAAGUGAUCCAAGAAAUUGUGAAGAAAAGUGGAAUGCGAUGCAUAAUUGCCAGUGAGCCUACCUCUCAAACUACCCAUAAAGAGAUAAAAGAUGCUGAGAAAAGGCCACCAGCUAAGCUGCAUGACUGUGUUCCGCGCCAUCCUGUCGUAACCAUCAUGGGUCACGUUGAUCACGGAAAAACGACCCUUCUCGAUUCUUUGAGACAUACUCGAGUUGUUGAUGGCGAGUUUGGAGGCAUCACACAACAUAUUGGAGCCUUCGAAGUGUGCCUUGAUAAUGGUGAAAUGAUCACUUUUCUUGAUACUCCUGGUCACGCAGCUUUUACGGCCAUGCGUUCCCGUGGAGCCCACGUCACUGAUAUUGUGGUGCUCGUCGUUGCUGCAGAUGACGGCGUAAUGGAACAAACCAAGGAAUCCAUCAGACUGGCAAAUGAAGCUAAAGUUCCCAUUAUUGUAGCCAUCAAUAAGGUUGACAAGCCAGAAGCAGAUAUCGAAAGGACGAAAAGUAUGUUAAUAGCUCAAGGUCUAGUCUUAGAGGAAGCUGGUGGAGAUGUCCAAUCAGUAGCAGUGUCAGCACUUAAAGGUACCGGACUUCAAGAACUGAUAGAAACUAUAAAUACCCAGGCAACGCUACUUGAUCUAAAGUCCGAUGCAAAAGGUCUUGUUGAAGCAACUGUUAUUGAAUCAAAAACGGAUCCUUAUCGAGGGAAGCUUUCAACUGCCAUAAUUCAAAGAGGGACGCUACGCAAAGGCUCUUAUCUCGUAGCUGGUACGGCCUGGGCCAAAGUAAGGUCCAUGUUUGAUGAUCAAGGCAAGCCUAUUCAACAAGCCCCGCCUUCUACUCCAGUUGAGAUCGUUGGUUGGAAAGAAUUACCAAGUGCCGGCGACGAAAUAUUGGAAGUCGAAACUGAAAGACGAGCUCAUGAAGUUAUCCAUCUUCGUCAAUCGCGAAAAGAAGUGGAAAAAUUGAAGGAGGACUAUGUAGUCAUUCAACAGAAGGUAGAAGAACAUUUGAAGGAAUACAAAGUCCAGCUGGAGGAGAAAAAGCGAAUGGGUAAGAUGAGAUACAAAAUUAGAGGGAUUCGACCUAGAGCUCCCGAGGAAAAAUCCUCCGAACCAAAAUUGUCUAUUAUCAUCAAAGGCGACGUAGAUGGCUCUGUGGAAGCUUUACUUGACGUUUUGGAUUCUUACCAAUCCACAAAUUGCAUCCUCGAUCUCAUCCAUUAUGGCGUCGGACCCAUCACAGAAAGCGACAUCAAACUAGCCGAGCCAUUCAACGCGAUAGUCUAUGCCUUCAACAUUGGUGUUAUGCAGCCAAGUGUGCGGCAGCUUGCCAAGACGCAUAAAGUCCCAAUUAAAGAACAUAAUAUCAUCUAUCGACUAUUUGACGACAUACGUGCCGAAUUGGAGAAGUUGUUGCCCCCGACCGAAGCCGAGGAAUUCCUUGGUGAAGCCAACGUCCUUCAAGAAUUCAUUGUCACAGAGGGCAAACAUAAACUUCCUGUGGCUGGAUGUCGCUGUGUUAAAGGAAUACUGAAAAAGAAUGCGUUCUUCCGAUUGGUUCGGGGCGAAGAUCCCAUAUAUGAAGGCCGCGUUGCCUCCAUGAAGCAUCUCAAAUCCGAAGUGGAUACAGAAAAAGACGUCGAAUGUGGAAUAAGACUCGACAGUCCCACUCUACAGUUUCGGCCAGGUGAUAAGCUUGUCUGUUAUGAAAUGAAGCAAGUUCCUCAGACAAUCGACUGGGAUCCUGGAUUUUGAUGACCACAGCCAUGUAGAAAUCUAAUACAUACUGUACAGUCUGGCGAAAAUAUAGUCAACUCCACUCGAGUUCAAUUCUCAA